CCUAAUUUUGCGACAGUACCGCUAUGACUUUAUCGAGACACUGUGGAGGGUGAAGAGCCCUGCGGUCGUUGUUUUUUUUUCUUUGACCCGACACAACAAGGGCACGUUUUGUACGCCGCAGGGUGGGAUACGCACGUCCUGCGAAGCAGUUGCUUUCCAGCUCUUUCGGUUGAUGCGUUUCGCUUUCGACGUCGCUGACGGUUGCCCUGGUGCCUUUGAGCGCGCUCCUCGGUUGUCGUGUGCUGGAGAAGGCGCGCGCAGGGCUACGAGACGCGCCUGUCUGAGGAUGCCGAAGGUCUAUCGAGGCUGACGAAUGCCAGACUUGUCUGGACACAGGGACCCCCGGGCCCCUCACAGGCGUUGAGACGCCAGGUUUUCGCGGCCUUCGCAUUACACCAUGGGAGCGACAUCGCACUAAAGAAGCACCUUGAACAGUCGGGGCUCCCUCGAGGCACAAAGUCCACACGAAUUUUGAGCCAAAAUGAGAAUUCUAACCAUCUUGUUGAAAAAUUGCACCUUGGGAAAGCAAGUGGAUUACUAUUCACGGUUUUCACCUUCGCCACUCUCGAUAAAGCAGUUUUUGGAUUUUGGAUCCGAGAAUGCUUGUGAAAGGACAUCUUUCAUGUUUCUCAGGCAAGAGCUUCCUGUCAGACUGGCAAACAUCAUGAAGGAAAUCAAUUUGCUUCCGGAUAACCUGCUAAAGACUCCAUCGGUUAGACUGGUUCAGAGCUGGUACAUGCAAAGCCUUCAAGAAAUCCUUGAUUUUAAAGAUAAAAGUGGAGAAGAUGAAAAAGUUAUCUAUGACUUCACAGAUACUGUAAUAAAAAUAAGGAACCGGCACAAUGACGUCAUCCCUACAAUGGCUCAGGGUGUGGUGGAGUACAAAGACGGCUAUGGAGUGGACCCCAUCUCGAGCCAAAACCUGCAGUACUUCCUGGACAGAUUUUACAUGAGUCGGAUAUCGAUUAGGAUGCUUCUAAAUCAGCACACCCUGCUAUUUGGUGGAAAAGUCAAAGUGAAUCCAGCUCACCCCAAGCAGAUAGGAAGCAUUGAUCCAAACUGUCAAGUCGUCGAGGUUAUAAAGGAUGCGUAUGAAAAUGCAAGAAGACUUUGUGACCUGUAUUACAUGAACUCCCCGGAGCUGAAAAUAGAAGAAUUCAACGCUAAAGAGCGAGGGAAGCCAACGACAAUUGUGUAUGUGCCCUCUCAUCUCUACCACAUGGUCUUCGAGCUGUUCAAGAAUGCAAUGCGAGCCACCAUGGAAUAUCAUGGAGAUACAUCCAGUUAUCCUCCGAUCAAUGUUCAAGUUGCCCUGGGCAGUGAAGAUUUAACAGUAAAGAUGAGCGAUCGAGGUGGUGGAGUCCCUUUGCGGAAAAUCGACAGGCUCUUCACUUACACAUAUUCUACAGCACCUCUGCCACACAUGGAGACGUCUCGUGCCACCCCGCUGGCUGGUUUUGGUUAUGGCUUACCCAUCUCUCGGUUAUAUGCAAGAUAUUUCCAAGGGGACCUCAAGCUGUACUCUUUGGAGGGCUACGGCACUGACGCUGUCAUUUAUAUAAAGGCUUUGUCCACUGAAUCAAUAGAACGGCUCCCUGUCUACAAUAAAUCAGCUUGGCGACAUUACAAGACGAGCCACGAAGCAGACGACUGGUGUAUUCCUAGUAAAGAGCCGAAGGACAUGACCACCUUCCGGAGUUUCUAGUGGGGAAGUCCUUAACUCCGAGUGAUCACCAACACCAAACGGUGGUUUGAAAAGGUGGAUGCGAGAUCUGUGAGACAACUGAAUUGUUCAUUUACAUCACAAGAAUAUUCUGUUUUCACCAUCCAUACCAGCUCGGACGUUAGCCUGGGACUCAGCAAACUGAAGCUCUCGGCUUGGGUGGUAGCACAACUUGUUGGUGAGAGCGGUGCAAUAUCUACUGCAGCAUUUCAGGAAGUGGAAUAUGAACAGCGCUAGAUGGCCUCUUCUGUGGACGAACAUUGCUUUGGAAGUCGCCAUGGCUCCACGUAUUUAUUAAAUACCUCACGUGCUUGAGCGUACCCUCUCACCAGUUGUAUUCAAAUGCAGAUCACUAAAGUUCCUGAUAUUCCCAAAUUAAUUUGCAGAUAAUUUUUCCAAAAGUAAACAAAGGACUGCAGAACUCAAAUGGGAGGCGGUAAGUCAAGAUUGAAUUUAAAGUGCCAAACUACUUUGGACUGUGUAACGUCUUUUAAAUUUGACCUUAUGGUCAGUAAUCGCUCACCACAUGCACAUCCAACCCAGUCCACCACUGACGGAUUAGCAGGAAGCAGCACACUAAGCACACAAAUCAGUGGCCGCUCUGUGGCCAUGUAGGCUUUCACUGUUCUCCGAACUGUUCAACUAGAUGUGUUUUACUGUGGUGUUGUCGUCAUUAUGCUGUGCUUCAAAAUACUCGAUAAUGUUGCCGCUUUAAAUCAGGUCCAGGUUUGCAAACCUACUUUUUUUUUCAAAUCCUGCUAAAAGCAGGGUGUGUCCCCCCCACACCCAAAAACAGAUUCUGUAAUUCCAACUACAGAUUUUGCUAAACCCACUUAAUCCAGUUUUGGGGUGCAGGGGGGCUGACCAAUGUGAACAAAUGGAUGAUCUCACUGCCUUUUUAUUUUUCCUUUUCAAGUAUUACUGGACGAUAUUCAUUAGUUGGACGCUAAUUUGAAAAUAGAACUUUUCUGUAUUCUUCACGUGUUUAAUGAAAUGUUUACCAAUAAAUAUUUUGUUUUAUUGCUGAUAA